AUGGCUCAGUGUGCGGAAGCAGCAACACCAGACUCGCCGAAAGUGACUAGAACCUGGUUUUUUCUAGGUAAUCUCGCCAGAGAUGUAACAGUUGAGGAUAUCAUAAAGUUCUUCAAUUUUGAAGUGGAGUGGAGACAGGAUCUUGCCAGAGUUGAGCUCAUCAAUGAUAAACAUAAUAGACCUAAGGGGCAUGGAUUUAUUGGUGUGCCUCGUUACUUAACAGAUCGUGUGAUGGAAUUCCAUGAACGCGAUUUUCAUGGUAGAAAAUUAAAAGUUGAACGUGCUAAGGCUGGUCGGUAUUUGAAAAUGACAAAUCGUCAGUUUGUUGGUAUUGGACAUGGUGUUCAUGUGUCUACAAGCAAGCAGAUUCUUGUACACCCUAAACCUGAUAUGUCAAGUUGGCCUCAUGUCAUUGACAUUGGUGCAAAUUUAGCCCAUGCCUCUUUCACAAAGGACCUACCCAGAAUUCUAAAUAAUGCUAAGGUUGUAGGUGUUCAAAAGAUUAUUGUGACAGGUACGUCUCUGAAGACGAGUUACAGUGCACAGAAACUGACACAAGAACACACAGAUUAUCUUUAUUUUACUGCAGGUGUUCAUCCCCAUGAUGCUGUUACCUGGAAUGAUGACGUGGCAAAAAGGAUUGAGAAACUCUGUGAAGACCCUGCCUGCGUAGCCGUGGGUGAAACUGGGUUAGAUUUUGAGAGGAAUUUCUCUCCCCAAGAUGUACAGCAAACAGUAUUUGAAAAACAGAUUCAACUUGCAUGUAAACUCAAAAAACCAUUGUUUGUUCAUGAAAGAAAAGCAUUUGAUGAUGUCCUUCGAUUAUUGGUGAAAUACAAGAAAGAUUUACCCCCUACAGUUAUACAUUGCUUUGGAGGCACUGACGUACAACUGGAGACUUAUCUAGAAAACGGAUUCUACAUUGGACUCACUGGUUCUGUUUUUCGAGACACACAACAACAUGGACCUCUGCAAAUCCUGAUAGAUAAAUUAAUGCCACUGGAUAAACUGAUGAUAGAAACCGAUAGCCCAUUCCUGUUUCCAGAUAUCAAACGAUUUCUUAAAAACUAUGCUGCAAAACAGUUGUAUGCAAAAUCAGACAUUAAAUCCAAAUUUGAUAACUUAGAGAGGUUGUUGAAAACAUACUGCAAGGGACAUCGAAAUGAGCCUUGUACACUGGCAGUGACCAAUCAAAUCAUUGCAAUACUUAUGGGACUUGAGCCAGAAGAGGUUGCCAAGGCAACAACAGAUAAUGCUAUGUCAUUUUUCAGAUUGACUUAG